UAUACCAGCAAUUCCAACUGAUUCCCAUCAUCAUCGCGACGAAAAAACUAUCCAUAUCCCAUUUAUUCGCCGCUAUUUUCGACGAUUCUCAACUUUGUUGAUUCCAUCGAACAACCUCAACUAAACUAAAUCCAUCCGUCAAUCAUCUCCAAAAUGUCGAACCAGGAGGCACCCUAUGACCCGUAUAUCCCCAGUGGCCAGAACGGAGGCCAGCAGGGUGGAAAUGCCAGAACUCAAGCACUUCAAGCACAAAUUGAUGAUACUGUCGGUGUCAUGCGAGAAAACAUCAACAAGGUGUCCCAGCGUGGUGAACGCCUCGAUGCCCUACAAGACAAGACCGACAACUUGGCCGUCUCCGCCCAGGGCUUCCGACGUGGCGCCAACAGAGUUCGCAAGCAGAUGUGGUGGAAGGACAUGAAGAUGAGGAUGUGCCUGAUUGUUGGUAUCAUCAUCCUCAUUCUCAUCAUUGUCGUUCCCUCUGUGCUUGCGGCCCAGGGCAAGAUAAACUAAUCCCGCAUCUGUACACACGCCAUUGGGUACCUGGAUGAGUAUAAAAUUAAUGGAAUGAACUUGAUGGUACGAAUGAAGACUUUGAAUCUCGCAGGCUACGAGCAACAGCAGCAACAUUGGCGACUCCCGAUCAUCGAAGAAGAUGGUUUGUUUUUUCUUUUUCGAGGAUCGGGGUCGCAGAGCACAGAGAGGAGUUGUCUUUGAUUUGGCCGGUCUUUCUUUGGCAAUGCAAUGCAAAUGGAACGAAAUUCGGAAGGCUUGGGAUAAAACCACUGAACGAUGCCCGACCAUUACGACGCCCCCCAACGGUGGAGCUGUGGUGAUGGUGAAGGUGGAUCCGACUUGUAUGUAUGAUGGCGAGGCGUUUUUCGACUAAUUCAAGAUAUCUUAUGACUCCCCCCGAAUGUUCAUACCUCUGAUGCGUUAAGGAGUUACUAUUUCUUGAUCGAUCCGCCUACAAACUUGUUACGUUACUUUUAUGAUCAUAUCAAUGUGUUCUCUUAUCAAUCGGAGGGGUUUGCCAUUACCUACGUGCUACUCUAACCUGGGACUGUGAUACGAUUCCUUUUUAUGUAUCUAGGUAGAUUAAACGUCACGUUGUAAAUGUGGUCUACCUAUCUGCCUUCCUAAGUACCAAUAUGGACGCCCAGACAAGUAAACCCCGAAUCAGAACAGUAUAACGGUAUU